AUGUCCCCAGACGUGAUCGUGGGACUCACGGCCGCGAUCAGUAUCGCCUUUCGAUACUUAGAGCCGAUACACCACAACAUGCAGCUGGCGCAAAACCUCCAAGAGCAGCGGUUGCUGGCCUUUGACAAGAUUGUCUCCGCUUCCAAACUUCUUUUGAAGCAAGUUGGCCGGGCCAAAUACAUGGAAAGUAUUUGGUCGCUUUGGGUGCAGCUCUCACAGAGCAUAUUUAUGCUCGAGAGGAUCCUGUGGCCUAACCAGCCACCCGAGACGGAACUGCACAUCGUGUUACCACCUGAGCCGCGACCGUUGUCUGAUGUGCUCCUGGACAACUUUAAUGACUCCGCGACCACCAUCUUCCAGGCGAUUGCACCCCUCGAACAGUUUCAUGAAUGGUUUGUCGCUGAGUAUGAUACGGUGUUGCACAUGGAGUUCAACAACAUGUUGCUUGACUCGAUCCUCUUGUUUCGCACAACAGAAUCGAUGUUGCGCAUGAAACAGCGCCUCCAAUCCUUAAUCCCUGCACCCGCGGCUUCAGCGAUCGACCUUGAUACAGACCCACCAGUGGCAGCCACCGCUGCAACUUCUUCGGCUUCAUCGACUGCACCUGCCGUCGCCGAGCCUAUGGUCAUCACUAGCGCCGCGGGUGAGGCCCUGUCUUGGUAUUGA